UGCCAUGCUAACUCACUCAAAACGGGCCACGAGUGAUUGUGAGGCACAUUUGUAAGAGUAGCAUUGAUGGCUGAAUUUGACCAAGCAUACCACUAACAAGGGGUAUUCCUGUCAUUUCAAUAAAAAAGAGUUCAUCAUAUUAACAUUAACACCAGCCAAUGGUUUCUGUGUAGUUUCUAUAAUAAUGGAAGGGCAAUUUCUCCUUCAUUAUUUUAUAUGCAUAUGCCUUAGUUUUUUCUCCAUUGGAAUAGCCUUGUCUUCUACAGACCCCCAAGCUCUGAGAUUCUAAUCCUCUGUGGUUUUCCAACCUCAGAAUUUCCUCGAAACUUGACAGCAGAUUAUGUCAAAUCUGUGGCUUAUAACCUCCCAGAAGAGAGAACCUUGACAACUCAGGACUAUAUCUGUUUUGUUGCCAUGAGUAUCAAUUAGCAGCUUUCUCUAGGCCACUGUUGUCCAUUGUUCUGCUUCUACAUAUAAUCUGCUGGAAGAGAUCACUUGAACUACUAUAACACAGUUGAGACCAAGUCAAUUCUAUAAUGCAGGCAUCAGAGCAACAUAGAAGUUCAAGUAUGUACUAUCAACCAUUACAACAAAUUGAAGCAUACUGCUUGCCGCAGUAUCGGAGUCGAAAUCAACAGCUAUACUACCAUGAUGGAGGCCAUGGAACUCACUUUUCAACUCCAAGUUCUUCAGAACUUUACUGCACUUUGGAGUCAUCUUCUGUAGCUGGCAGUUUCACUCUAUACAACUCCCCUUCAACUGUUAGUUUCUCACCCAACGGUAGCCCCAUAUCGCAGCAAGACUCUCAGUCAUAUCCACCUGACCAGUAUCAUUCUCCUGAGAAUACCUAUGGCUCUCCUAUGAGUGGCUCCUGCAUAACUGAUGAUUUAAGCAGCCUCAACUUCAAGCACAAGCUCAGAGAGUUGGAAAGUGUAAUGCUUGGCCCUGACUCUGAUAAUCUUGAUAGUUAUGAGAGUGCCAUCAGCAAUGGAAACAACUCCGUUCCACUUGAGAUGGACAGUUGGAGACAAACAAUGGUGGCAAUUUCUAGCAAAAACCUAAAGCACAUCCUUAUUGCAUGUGCCAAAGCCAUUUCAGACAAUGAUUUGCUAACGGCACAAUGGCUGAUGGAUGAAUUAAGGCAGAUGGUGUCAGUUUCUGGCGAUCCGGUUCAACGGUUGGGAGCAUACAUGUUGGAAGGACUUGUUGCCCGAUUGGCCGCCUCUGGGAGUUCAAUAUACAAAUCUUUAAGAUGCAAAGAACCAGAAAGUGCUGAGCUUCUCUCCUACAUGCACAUAUUGUAUGAGGUUUGCCCCUACUUCAAGUUUGGGUACAUGUCUGCAAAUGGAGCCAUUGCAGAUGCCAUGAAAGAUGAAGACAGAGUUCACAUAAUUGAUUUCCAAAUUGGUCAAGGAAGCCAGUGGAUAACUUUAAUUCAGGCUUUUGCAGCUAGACCUGGAGGGCCACCCCACAUCCGGAUUACAGGUAUUGAUGAUUCAACAUCGGCUUAUGCUCGCGGUGGUGGACUACACAUAGUGGGAAGGAGGUUAUCAAAGCUUGCUGAGCAUUUUAAGGUGCCAUUUGAAUUUCAUGCUGCAGCUAUCUCAGGUUUUGAUGUUCAACUACAUAACCUUGGAGUUCGACCGGGGGAAGCUCUGGCCGUAAAUUUUGCAUUCAUGCUACAUCACAUGCCGGAUGAAAGUGUGAGUACUCAGAAUCACAGGGAUAGGCUGUUGAGGUUGGUUAGGAGCCUAUCACCAAAGGUGGUGACACUUGUUGAGCAAGAAUCUAACACGAACACUGCUGCAUUCUUUCCGCGUUUCCUUGAAACUCUGAACUAUUACACAGCAAUGUUUGAGUCAAUAGACGUGACUCUUCCCAGAGAGCAUAAAGAGAGAAUCAAUGUUGAGCAGCAUUGUUUGGCAAGAGACUUGGUUAACAUCAUAGCUUGUGAAGGGGUUGAGAGGGUGGAACGACACGAGGUGCUUGGCAAGUGGAGGUCAAGAUUUGCAAUGGCCGGUUUCACUCCUUACCCUUUGAGUUCGUUGGUGAAUGGUACCAUAAAGAAAUUGCUUGAGAACUACAGUGAUAGAUAUAGACUUGAAGAGAGAGAUGGAGCUCUUUAUCUGGGUUGGAUGAAUAGAGAUUUGGUUGCUUCUUGCGCUUGGAAAUGAGAACUGGGCAAUAUGUGACUCCUCAAUGUUCGAGGGGGGACAAAGCAUAACAUGUCCCUCUUCUUUUUCUGUUCCAUUACUAUGUAGAAGUUAAUGAGAAAGGUCUCAACCAUAAAUCCAAUCUAAUUGUCCAUUUUCUGUGUUUCAAGAAUUUCAAUUGAAAUUGUAGGCAGCAUUUUUCUUUAUCAGCAAUAUUAAUCUUUUCUGGUCCCUGAAUGUUUGUUUUAUUAGUGGCUGGGGAAAGUGAUUUCCUAGAAUAUUAGUAGAGUGGCUUUUCGUAGCUAUGCUUCCAACAUUGUUGUCCAUUCACUUUAUUAGAUGAAACAGAUAUUUUA